AUGUUUGAUGAGGUUGAGUUUGAGGAUGGAGACAGUGCUCGCGGUUUAGCUGAGGACAGUGACUCCCACGAUUGCCCUGACGAGCUGGAGGGCAGUGCGCCGGCCGGUGUUGUCCAUUUGCAUAGGCCGGGUGAGGUGGGCUUCUCGUGUGUGGCAGGCACAGCCGAUGACGCCACGUCAUUGUACGACGCCCGGCUUAUAAAUGGCGAUUCGUGGCUAAGCAACGAGUGCCACUGUGUGCGCUGCGAAACCCUGCGCGUCUCCACACAGUUGACCAAGUUGCGGCAGAGCAGCGGUGAUAAAGCGAUGGUUGUGGUGCUGCUUGACUUGGACAACUACGGCUUUAAUCAGUUCAGAUCGCCCCCCACGUCGGCGAUAAGGAACGGAGGAUUUGAUGUAAUUGAGCAUAUGUUUGUGUGGUGUUUUUUUGGCUCCUGCUUCGCGCGGUACCACGGCGAACUUCCGGGUCCGGAGGGUGUUUUGCGAAGCACCCCCAAGAAAGCGAGCAACCCAAAAUGUCAGCAUCCAACUGGCAGAAGGCGUAGUAUCUGGCAGCGACUUGUCUCUGAGGGCCGAUGUCAUUUUACUCCAUGCGGUGGCCAGCGACAAGGGGCGGAUGGCGUGAUUUUGCAGGUUGCGCAGGCAAUGACGCAUGUGCCGGUGAUUGUGCUUAGCGGGGACCGCCAGAUGCUUCAAGCGGUGCACGGGAACCGUCGUCACGUCGGCAGGAAGUCAACACGCAAUGCUUUUGAGAGUGACUUUAUUGAUAACUUGGAUAUCAUCAAUGCUCUGGAGCAUGGAAAGCGAUUUUUGCCAGUGUGGUGGGAACUGGAAGCUAAAAUUAGGCGAGUGGCGUUUAGGUGA